CCGCGGCCGUCCCCGCCCGUUGUCAGUGGGCGUUUGGUUCUUUCGACCUCAAACGGAAGCGCGGAUCAGGACAGGGCUCCGCGCUCGGUGCCGCCGUUCCGGGACUCUCCGCCUUUCCCGCCGUGAGGCGUCACCCAACGCCGCUCCCAGGCACAAAAUGGCCGCCGCGGUGUGAGGGUGUGAGAGCGGGCGGGGCGGGAACUCUCGCGGGAUUUCGAGCUUAUCGCCCUAUCUCCUGGCGUGGGCGGCGCCGAGAUCUCGCGAGAGCUCGUGCCGCCCGGAGGAGCAUCAUGGCGGCGGCGUUGACGGCCGUGCAACGGAGGGUGAUGCGGGCCGCGCUACGGCCGCGCGCGGUGUGGCUGCCUCAGGCCGGGAUUUCCCACGCGGCUGAAAGGCUCCACCUCCCCCCCCAACGCAGCAUUCCCCCCCCCGCCAAGUACGGCGGGCGGCACACGGUGACGCUGAUCCCCGGCGACGGCAUCGGGCCCGAGCUGAUGCUGCACGUCAAGGAGGUGUUCCGGCACGCCUGCGUCCCCGUGGAUUUCGAGGAGGUUCGGGUGAGCUCGGAGGCGCCCGAGGAGGACGUGCAGAACGCGAUCACGGCCAUCCGGCGCAACGGCGUGGCGCUCAAGGGGAACAUCGAGACCAACCACAACCUCCCCCCCAGCCACAAAUCCCGCAACAACCUCAUCAGGACCAGCCUGGAUCUCUACGCCAACGUGAUUCACUGCCGGAGCCUGCCCGGGGUGGAGACGCGGCACCGGGACAUCGACAUCCUCAUCGUCAGGGAGAACACCGAGGGCGAGUACAGCUCCCUGGAGCACGAGGUGUGCCCCAAAAACACCCAAAAUCACCCCAAAAAUAUCCCCGAAACGUCCCAAAAAACCCCGCAAAAAUAUCCCAAAAUAUCCCCAAAAAUCCCCCAAAACAUCCUCAUCGUCAGGGAGAACACCGAGGGCGAGUACAGCUCCCUGGAGCACGAGGUGUGCCCCAAAAACACCCAAAAUCGCCCCAAAAGACAUCCCAAAAAUAUCCCAAAAACACCCAAAAAAUACCCCAAAAACAUCCCAAAAAACCCCGCAUUUCGGGGGAUUGAUCAGAUUGGGGAGGAUUGA